AUGCUCGCUCUACUAGUUCCGAUCGCUCUCGCGAGCUACUUUGUCGUGAGACUGUAUCGACAGCGCAGCAUGUUCAAAAAUCUUCCUGGGCCGCCCCAUCACGCUAUCUGGGGACACUUCUUGGUUAUGCGGGACAUCGCAGGCAGUCUACCCGCUGAUGCCACCCCCCAGCUAUUCGCGCACUUGAUGCGUGAGAAGUACGGGCUUGGAGACUUCUUCUAUCUUGAUCUGUGGCCGUUGGCUCCGCCACAGCUUGUGAUCGCUCAUCCGACACUGGCCACUCAAAUCGUCCACAAAAUGAAUCUUCCCAAGGAGUCAGCCGUGAUGCAGAAGUGGACUGGGCCUAUCUUGGGGGAGAAGUCCAUGGUUUCGGCAAACGGACACGAUUGGUUCCUGGCACGCAAAUCAUUUACGCCGGGUUUCCAACCGCGCAAGCUGCUACAACACGUUCCGAACAUUGUUGAAGAAGCGCUCAUGUUUGCAAAUGUUCUGCGAGAGCAUGCCAACAAGGGCGACAUUUUUAAAAUGGAAGAUAUCAGUGCCAGAAUGAUCUUCAACAUCUCCACGUGGGUCAUACUGGGCAUCAAGUGCAACGCACAGAGGGACGACGAUGAGUUUCUUGAGCUCUUCCGCAAACAAGCCGCUAUGGCCCCUCAAGAUUUCUGGUCCCGGUACCUGUAUGAUAUCAACCCGCGCAGAUACUAUCGAAAGUGGAGCAACGGGCGUGCACUCGAUCGUUUUGUCGGUCGCCUCGUUGAUCAACGCGGAGUCACAAGCUCAGCUAGUGCUUUGGGCGAAAAAGCCCAGCAAUUUGCCCUUGACGACGCUAUCAUCUGUAGCCGCACACUGAGCAAGACAAUGAGCCCUACUUCGUCCAUUGACAAGGACACUCGUGAGAUGCUCAUUGCGUCAGUCAAGACUCUGAUCUUUGCUGGGCACGACACAUCAGCGAGCACGCUUUGUUAUACAUACGCUGCAUUGAGCAAGCACCCUGAAGUUCUUCAACGCCUUCGGGCGGAGCAUGAUUCCGUGUUUGGUACCAACCCGUCAGACGCAGCCGAUCAUCUCCGACGUGAUCCCAAUCUGGUGAAUAAUCUGCCCUACACAUUGGCUGUGAUCAAAGAGGCUCUCCGCCUGUGGCCCCCGACAGGUGUCAGUCUCCGUCAUGGGGAGCCAGGACAGGUUCUACAGGUCGAUGGAAAAGACUGGCCAACGUAUCCAUUUGCUGUCCUCGUCAACAAUUGCGCCACCAUGCGUCGCGAGGAUCUCUUUAAAGAUGCUGAAAAGUUCUACCCGGAACGUCAUCUUAUCACCGAUGUGGAAGAUCCGUACUUUGUUCCCCGUGAUGCGUGGAGGCCAUUCGAAAAGGGCCCUCGCAUGUGCCUUGGUCAGACAUUGGCAUUGAUACAACUUAAGAUUGCCUUGGUGAUGACUUUGAGAACUUUUGGCUUUGAAAUUGUCUAUGAAGAUGGUACUUUCAUGUACCAGGUCUUGGAUGUGACAGCUAAACCGUCGUUAGGGUUGCCGACUCGGGUCACGUUGAGGUGA